GAGUGGUGAGCUUCAGGCUGAAAGACAUUUAGGAAUUGCUGCCCCUAAGGAGAACAGUCACCACACACUCAUGGCAGGGAUUUUGCGCUCAGUAGUUCAGAGGCCCCCAGGCAGACUACAAAUGGUGACAAAAGGUGUGGAGCCCCUUGUUUGUACAGAUUGGAUUCGUCACAAAUUUACGAAGUCAAGAAUUCCAGAUAAAGUUUUUCAGCCUUCACCUGAAGAUCAUGAAAAAUAUGGUGGAGAUCCACAGCAACCUCAUAAACUGCAUAUUGUUACCAGAAUAAAAAGUACAAAACGACGUCCAUAUUGGGAGAAAGAUAUAAUAAAGAUGCUUGGGUUACAAAAAGCACAUACUCCUCAAGUUCACAUGAAUAUCCCUUCGGUGGAUGCAAAACUGAAAGUGGUUAAACAUUUGAUAAGAAUCAAGCCCCUGAAGCUGCCACAAGGUCUCCCAACAGAGGAGGACAUGUCCAGCACGUGCCUCAAGAGCACUGGAGAGCUGGUGGUGGGGUGGCUUCAGAACCCCACGGACCAGGAAGUGAAUUAGUCCUGAUGGCCUCGUGGCUUCAGAGUAAAAAGUGCAAGUCAUUUCUAUUUAAAGAUGGUGAGAAAGUAUUCUCAUUAAAAUGUUUUAAA